UAUAUAAGAAAAAUGUUAGAAACUUGAAGUGGGUUUUUGUGUGAGCUAAAAGCCAAAUCCCAAUUCCCAAAUUUCUCUAAAAAAGAGAAUGUGAAGAAUCAAAACAGAAAAGAAAAAAGAAACUGAAUACAUACAAUGUUUCAAUCUUCUCGCCGGACUCAUUCAUUCUCUUCUUCUUCUUCUAAUUCCCUCUCUUCUUCUUCCUCUUCCUCUUCCUCUCGCGGCUCUUACUAUUUCCCCGGUGAAUCUCCUUUCUCCGCCUCCGCCACUCCAAUCCGAUCAUUCUCCGGCAACAUUCCCUUCUCUUGGGAGCAUUUACCAGGAAUCCCCAAAAAACAGUCUCCGGCCAGGCUCCGACGAGGUUCCGCCUCUCCUCUCUCUUCUCUCCUCCCUUUACCUCCCAAUUCCACCACCCUAUCCUCUUCCAAACGCUUCGGAUUUCAAGACUGGAGGAAAUCGAACCGCCAAAAUCCACAGCGAGAUCCUUUCUUCGACGCCUUCCUCGAAUGCUCUAAAGAACCUACCAACGCUGCCGUUGACGCCGAGCUCUGGAGUGGCGCUAGCAAUGGUAAGGCGAUUACAAGAAGUUUGAGCGAUCGAUUCGGAUUCUUGAAUCUGUAUUCUUCUUGUAAACGUACAUGCGGCGUUUCGGAAUCCAUCGUUUACCUUCCUAGAACGCCGACGAGUUCGUUCGAUCUGCUUAACCAGCGCAGCGGCGGUUGAAGAAGAAAAAAACAAGAGAUAAGUUGGUGAUUCGAUUAAAUGUUUGUUUAGUUUAAUUAAUCUCUUUGUUUGUGGAUUAUGAAUAUGGAAUGGGUUAAUCCUAAUUUGGCUUUGUUAAUCUGUGAUUACUCCCCUGGAUUUGUUACGUUUGUGAAAUUUACCUCAAAAUUUGAAUCGAAAAUUGCAAAAUCAA